AUGGCCGACGAAAUUAUGCCACCCAGGCCUGAAGUCGAAUUUGAUUUCAAUCUCACUCAUGGAAUCGAUGCCGACAAGAAUGCGGCCGAGAACCAUCGAAAUUCUCAUGGUUACCAAGAGCAUGACACCUCAACGAAAAGCAUCCGUAACAGCGCCGAAUAUGACCUUGAUAUCGACAUGCAUGAAAGGAGUGAUGGCGUUCACCACAGCGAAGAGACCAGUCAAGACCACAGUAAGGAUGACCAGAACUUAAGUCUCCAAAACAUGAACUUCAACAUGCUCGAGAAAGGCUUUUCCGAUGACGACGAUGCACCCGAAGCAUUCGAUCGCUCCUGGCUCGCUCACCAGGCCCGGAAGUCUCCACCGAAAACAAAUAAAUCGCCGAGGGCUGAUGAUGGAGACGAUGAAGCAAGUCCGAGAAGCAAGAAGCCAUGUCAGUCGCUCUUUGGGGGACCAGCGGAUGAGGCCGAAGGACACCAGUACGACGAUCUCUUCGAGGAACGUCCUGCAGAUCGCCUUGGGGAUCAGGUUGACGACUUACCUGAGACCGACAAUCCCAGACGAAGCAUUGGCAAUCGUAUGUCCAGUCAUAAUCUCGAACAGCAAGAGAGGGAGGACUGCCCAUCUGAGCAGCCACUCAAUCUUGGGUUCGUAUUUGGAGACUCUGAUAGAGAGAGUACGUCCCCCAGAGCAUCUCUAGCGCCAUCAGACAGCGGGAUCGGCAUUCCCGCCGAUACUCAGCCGGCCUAUAAGUUACGUCAAGGCAUCGACCGAAGGACUACGUACACAUAUGUCGACCAGGAUGAGUCUGGCAACUUCGAUCCCGCAAGUGAGCCCAAAAACAACGUGCAGAAGCUCAAACUGGCAAAGGCAGCGAAAGCCGCCAAAGCUGCACAACAGUUCAGGAAAGACAAGCAGCGCACACCUAGAGAAAUGGUCAUGAAGUGCAUCGUCAAACUUCGCAUCGAGAGGUUCGGCAAUGUAAAGAAUAUCACCGAUGAUGAGGAGAACUGGCCAGGAGACUGGUCAGACGUUGAUUCCGAAACUGAGCGCGAACUACAAGAGUAUCGUGCGUUUUUCCGCCGCAAUACACCCGAUCGCAACAUGCAGCUCCCAAUCCAAGAUCCUCGCUCCGAGGUUGAGGAUCUGACAGGCCAUCCAGUAGCGCGAGGCUGCAUAUCAUGUCGCAUCCACGGAACAGAUUGCUCUUUAGUAGCAGGCGGUACAUACCCUUGUCAGCACUGCUGCGACCAAGACCAAGACUGCGAACCUAUCAUCCCACCUACCGAGAAAGGCCGCUGCAAACAAUGUGUCGAUGACGGCAAUGAUUACUGCUCCUUUGAAGACGAGCCUGGUCAAGCCAUUUGCGAUCAUUGCGCGGAAGAUGAGCAUAUUUGCGAAGCGCUUCCGCCGGUAGGCUACCGCGCAGAAAGGAUCAUCAUCGACGAGGUGAUCUAUACCGAGGAUCGACCCUACAUACAAUGCACGAACUGUCGUCGAGAGAAAAAGCGCUGCAGCUUGAAGAAGAAGACAGAUAGGCCUCCAUGCAAAUACUGCAAAAAGCACAAUAUUGGCUGCACCUUCUACGAGAUCCCGAAGGUCGCCAAAGAGAAAAAGGUCAAAGUGAAGGGACCGACCGAAGGAGAUGCACCUGAAGUCGCUGUGCCGGACCAUGAUUAUUUCACCAAGGAAGAUCUGGACGAUUUGUACGGAGAAGAUGUGCAGAUGGGGUCACGCUCUCCAACCCCCGAGAUUGAAAUGGAAGAUAACACUGGCCACAAAGGUAGGCUGACAAAGGUCAAGACCAGCUUUGCCCAUCCCAUCCAGUUCGGCGCCGUCGAGAACACUUCCGACUGCAACUUUUGUGACAUCCCUGUGUUCGGUUUCGUCGGACACUUCGAGAGGGAGGUUCAUGUGAUUCGUUGGUACGGUGAACAUGGCUAUACUGAAGUUGGCGGUGGUCAUGCGGAGAACCAGAGGGGCGGAACGACCAUGUGCCAGAGUUGCACGAUUGGCAGGGCACAGAUCGUGGCUUGCGAAAACCAUGACAUUCAGCACAUCUUUCCCGAUGACACGAUCUCAAGUUUCGAAGAGACAUUCGCCGACCUUCUAGAAGCCGCUGAAGAAUCGGCCGAAAUCCAACAACAACUCCAGCGUUGGUGUUCGAUGUGCUUCUCACCCGCCAGGUUCACCUGCUGCACGCGCCAGAUCUCGCUGUUCUCGACCGAUGAUCCCGAGGCGGAGAUCGACGGAUGUGGUCUAAGGCUCUGUACUAGCUGCGAGAUCAAGCUUAGAGAGGGCUUUGAUGGAGAUACCAGUCUUAUGGCCGAAACGCUGGACCGUGAGGGGAAGGCUAAAGCGGAAGAUGAGGACCCCACUGACGUGAUGGUGGUAAGGGCAGAUGUAGGGUUCCUUUCUAGGGAAGGACUACUAAUGAGAAACCUGGAACUCGAGGCAGAGAAAGCAGACAUUUAG